AUGUCAACCAGGCCAUACACAGAGAACAUGGUAUGUGAUCUCGACACUAUCAAAGCCCAAUCCCAGCUCCCCACUUCAAUGUUGGGACCCACCACCUGCGAGACUCAAACGGCUGCCGCCACGAAAGCUGCCGGACUACGCCGCCAUAGUCAAUCGAAGGUUGUUACUGGGCCUCGUAAGGGCCUUUGCCUACCACGCUUGUGCGGUGUUGGAGAUAUUGCGUCCGUUUUGAUUGUAAGACAAGAGUCACCAUGGGAUACCUAUCGGGAGGUAAUUACAUAUGAGAUUGCUGGGAAAGUUACGAUUGCCACGCGCCGUACCCGUCCGUCUCGCAUGGUUGCCAUCCGGACAUAUCGGAGGCAGGACGCUCAAAGAUUAAUCCACAAAUUCGGGCGUCUCGAGCAUAGGAACGUCCUCUCCUUGCAUGAAUGCUAUAUACACGACGAGCUCGCGUUCUUUUUGGUUGACGACUUGCCGUUGACACUCGCGCAUGUUGUGGUUUCUCCCACACUUUAUCCCAGCGAAGCAGAAUUGGGAUCCAUCAUGUGCCAGGUUUGCCCGUCGUAG